UUUUUCUCACGGACGAGGUCGCGUGCGACAUCUAGUUAGGGUAUAAAGAUGCAGUUUCUCUUAGUGUUUAGGAGAAUUGAAAUUGCACGUAACAUUUAUACCAAAAUGAAUGUUUUUUUUCUUCUUUAACAGUGUGAGCGGGACAACAAUGAUUCUUUGUCUUUCUCUCUCUCAGGUUAUGCAUAGUUAUAUCUGUAUCUCCGAGGUAUUGUCAAUAAGACGCUAACAAACGUAUCUUGUCUUCAAAUCUCUUUGGUGUUAUAGCCUUGAACUUUAGAAGGUAAAUCUCUGGAAUCUUAUUUGAAAUUUGGUAUUGUAACGCGAUAUUCAGCAAGAAGGAUUGUAAAUUUAAGGUUGUAUGUAAAAUAUUUAAUCGAUUCAUAAUUUUCCCAUAGCAUUAGUGGUAAGAUUAUAAACUGGUGUAAUCCACAAUCAUACGGUGACAUACAUUUAUGUGUUAAUGUAAGUUAAAUAUAUAAAAAAUAAAGUUUGUUAUAUUAAUGAAAUGGCGACGACUGGUAUCUUGAAGAAUACGAUAAGAGAAGAGAAUGUACCAAUACAGAAGAGACACUCCAUUAUAUCUGGGAAGAGUGACUUUUGGUCAUCAUCUGACGAGGAAGAAGGUGUUCAGCCUCAUGAAAAGGCAAUAGCUGCCGGACAACCCAACCCACCGUACUGCGUGCGUAAUGUUGAGCAGCACGCGUUCGGCAGGAGAGAGAUAGAGAUAGCGGAACAGGAGAUGCCUGGUAUCAUGGCGCUGCGGGCACGUGCUAAAGAUGACAAGCCACUUAAAGACGCGAAGAUAGUCGGCUGCACACAUAUAAACGCUCAGACAGCGGUCCUCAUAGAGACGCUGACGGCUCUCGGCGCGACUGUCCGCUGGGCAGCCUGCAACAUAUACAGCACGCAGAACGAGGUCGCUGCAGCGCUCGCGCAUGCUGAUUUUGCUAUAUUCGCGUGGCGCGGUCAGAGCGAGGAGGCGUUCUGGUGGUGCAUCGACCAGUGCUGCACACCCACCUCCACCUGGCAGCCCAACAUGAUCCUGGACGAUGGCGGUGACGCCACACAUCUCAUGCUCAAGAAACACGCACCAGCUUUCAAACAAAUCAAAGGUAUAGUGGAGGAGAGCGUGACGGGUGUACACCGACUCUACCAGCUGAGCAAGGCAGGCAAGCUUUGCGUGCCAGCUAUGAAUGUCAAUGAUUCCGUCACCAAGACUAAGUUUGACAAUCUCUAUUCAUGUCGGGAGAGUAUUAUAGAUGCAUUAAAGCGAAGCACUGAUCUCAUGUUUGGUGGCAAGCAGUCGGUUGUUUGUGGCUAUGGAGAAGUAGGCAAGGGAUGCUGUCAGGCUCUCAAGGCGUUAGGAUGCGUGGUGUACGUGACAGAAAUAGACCCGAUUUGUGCUCUCCAAGCUGCGAUGGACGGCUUCAGAGUCGUGAAGCUAACAGAGGUGAUAAGACAAGUGGACAUUGUGAUAACGGCGACCGGUAACAAGGGCGUGGUGACACGUGACCACAUGGAGCGCAUGAAGAACGGCUGCGUGGUGUGCAACAUGGGGCACAGCAACACAGAAGUGGAUGUGCAUGCGCUCCGCACUCCUGACCUGCUGUGGGAGAGGGUGCGCAGUCAGGUGGACCAUAUCAUCUGGCCGAAUGGGAAACGCAUAGUGCUGCUGGCCGAGGGUCGACUGGCCAAUCUCUGCUGCUCCUCUCUACCUUCCUUCGUGGUGUCAGUGACCGCGGCCACACAAGCUCUCGCCCUUAUAGAGUUAUACAACGCACCGCAGCAUAGGUAUAAGGCGGACGUAUACUUGUUGCCAAAGAAAAUGGACGAAUACGUAGCGAGUCUCCACUUGCCGACAUUUGACGCGCAUCUGACGGAGCUGACUGAUGAGCAGGCCAAGUACCUAGGUCUGAACAAGGUGGGGCCCUUCAAGCCCAAUUAUUACAGGUACUAGCAGAGACGACGUUAUCGCACGCCAAAGCACUAAGGCUUUCAUUAAAAACAGGGCAUUGUAAUUGGUAGAUGUUUUUAUCAAGGAUUUGGAUGAAUGUGGAUGGAUGUAAAUGAUAAUGUAUGGAGGGAUUUUGCAAAAAUGAUUGCUUAGUGUAUAGACAAUAUGUAGAGAAAGAUGCAGAAUCAGGAAUAGUGUUUUUAUGUUCAAAAUUUAAUGAUUUAAAAUAAAAAUAGAUGUUUUAAGUGUGCUUUGAUAGUGUGACCUUGAAAAUAUGUUUUAACGAUUAAUGUUACAGUGCCCUGUUUUUUUAGUGCAUAUUGAAUAUGAAUUGGUGUGAAAUUGAAAAAAUAAUUAAAUCAGUUCCUUAUGAAUUGCCAUGGAAUCGAUUUAUUAAGACUGUCGAUAGUGAUGUGUUUAGUUGCAAUAGAUAUCGAUAAUUUCUUGAAUAUCGAUUACUUAGCUGACCCUAAAAAUUAUCUCGUUCUUAAUUUGAAUUGUAUUAUUGACAAUAAGUUUAUGUAUUUAUGCCUAUUUUUUAGCU